CCAACAGCGCCGCCAUGGUCAGCAGGCCUCGCCGGCGCCCCCGCGGCCGCGCCUGCGCGGCGGGGCUGCUGGCGGCGGGGCUGCUCGCGGCUGGCGCGGGUCGGAGUUGCCUGCCAGGCCGCGCCGCCUUCCUGGGCGGGGCCGCGGCCGCCGGCCGCGGCCGCGGCACCGCCGUCGUGCGCGCGGCCGCCAGCGUCGACCUGGCGCAGAUCGCGUCCAGACCCCGGCGGCCGAGCGGUGUCGAACGGCUCGCUGGUCGACCCAGCCGCGGCCCCUGUGCUCGCGGGCGACCUCUGGUCCGAGACUGGGGCCGUGGUGCACGUGGUGCGCCGGGCGGGCUGA